AGCGCUCCACUGGUCGGUAGAUCACAUGAUAUGACAAAGCAGCUAGCCACUUCCUAUGUAGACGGCUAGCUAGCAGUUCACAUCCAGGCUGCCACAGAGACUGCAACUACCUUAACAUCCAAUAUGCUGGCCCUCAUAAACAGGCUUUUGGACUGGUUCAGGUCCCUCUUUUGGAAAGAAGAGAUGGAGCUUACAUUGGUGGGACUUCAGUACUCUGGGAAAACCACAUUCGUCAAUGUGAUUGCAUCAGGCCAGUUUAGUGAAGACAUGAUUCCCACAGUUGGUUUCAACAUGCGGAAAGUCACUAAAGGCAAUGUGACAAUAAAGAUAUGGGACAUUGGGGGACAGCCUCGCUUCCGAAGCAUGUGGGAGCGCUACUGUCGAGGAGUCAAUGCUAUAGUUUACAUGGUGGAUGCUGCAGACCGAGAGAAGAUAGAAGCUUCCAGAAAUGAACUGCACAACCUUUUAGACAAACCACAGCUACAAGGAAUUCCCGUUCUAGUACUGGGCAACAAACGAGACCUUCCCAACGCACUUGAUGAGAAGCAGCUGAUUGAAAAAAUGAAUCUUUCUGCCAUUCAGGACCGAGAGAUCUGCUGCUAUUCUGUCUCCUGCAAAGAGAAGGACAAUAUAGAUAUCACGCUGCAGUGGCUCAUCCAGCAUUCAAAGUCACGGAGAAGCUGAAAAUGAACUCUGUACUCAGCCCCCUAAUAGUCAUGGGACCUUGACAGCCAUCCUUUCCACUGCCUCUGUGAAGUAAUUCCAGCUAUUUGCUCACUACCGUCACCACCUGCACCACCCAGUACACUACCAUAGUCGUGUAGCCCUGUACAGCACUACCACCACCCCAAUUAUCUGGAGUCUUGAAAAGUUGUUUCAGUACUGUGCUAGAAGGUGGAUUGUCAUUACAGACAUGCUUUGUGUCUGAGUUUUUUAUUUUUUUUAUUUUUAUUUUUUUAUUUCUUUUAAUAGCUUCUGUUCCCUUUGAAAGCAGAGUAUAACGAUGUUACAAUGUGCUGUUCCCCAGCUACACUAGGACGGACCUCCUUCACAUUUAAACAUCCGUUCUGUUGCUCGUCAACACGUGGUGUUUACAUGACAAGGUUGUGAUUGUAGUUUUUAACAGUUAUUUGCCAAAUAAUGAGCUUGUGCUAAUACCUUUUUUAAUUCUUUAUUUAAAUCUUCGCAAUAUAGCCUGCAUUUUAUUUGCCGGCGUAAGAAAGUAUAUAUUUUAUUAAGUGACUACAGUCAAAGUUUACACGUAACGUGAAGAUGAAUAGAAGAUAAGACUGUGAAGGGUUUUGUCUGAGGCAAAAUCCUAAAAUAGGUCAGCAGAGUUUUAAGUGCCUUUGGCUAAGUGUGUGUGUUCCAAUCAGAUUGCACAAUGCAACUUCUAACCCACUAUUAUAAAUAUACACUUUGUAAAAAGACACAGCAUAAAUCCCUUGAUCACACCUAACCCCACCCCUUGACAAUCUCAUUUUAUGUUUUGUAGUAUCCUAAAUGCAUUAUGAUGUCUAAAGAAAAAUGAGAAAUGAAGUUACGGUUUAUGUGAGGUGAUUGAGAAAAUGUUACAUUUAGUGUGGUUGGUGGGUCAUUUAAAUGCUGUUUCACUUGAAGCCUGUGACACUUUCAUGAAGUCUGAAAUGUGGGCUAAUCUUUUCCUUGCAGUUCUCAGGUUAAAUAUUUUUUUCUUCUUUUUUUCUUAAAUUGUUUCAACACAGUAUGGGUGUGCCCAAGUGUUUCAAAAUCCCUUUUUUGUCCGGGUUGGAUAACAGAAAGCCAGUGUUAGUCAUGAGGACUGAGCUUAUGGAGAAGAGAAAACAGUCCAUUAGUUCAAAGCGUUGGAUGCUGGAUGCAAUCCAUGGCUUGCCACACCCUUGUCUGAAUCCUGAUGUCUUUUUGUAGAAGCCUUAGCAGCCCAAAGGACAACGCUGUCUCAUCUAAAGUGAUGAUUGAUCAUUUCCUUUCAUCGACAAGACAAUGAUUUCUCACAGGUUUGAUCACUGUAUAUUAAAUUGCCCCUUGCUUGGCCAGUGCUUCUUGAUCAAUUUAAGUAUUUUUGUGUGUGUUAGUGGUGCUAGAGGAGGGUGAGUUAUCCCUUCUGCUACAAUGCUGUAUGGCUACGUGGCUUCCGCAUUUUACUGUAAUGUUUUCUACAAAUCCAUCACGCACUAUUAUGUCACAGUGAGGGGCUGUCAAAUUUGGGUGACUGUUGGUUAUUUGGGGAAAAGCUUUGUUACCUGUGUAAUAUUAUAGCCUAUUUGCAAUUUGUAUGUGCAUGUGCUGAACUUGCUGAACACCUUCAAUCGCAGAUUUUGUAAAUAAGAUUAGCAUUUUUAUUCCAACAAAUGCUCCUGUAGACGUCAUGCAUUCUUUCCCUGUGAUUGCUAAUACAUUUGUUUUUAUUUUUAAGGAU